AUGAGAUUAUUGAAAAGUUUGUUGCUUACAUGGUACUUAGCAACAAUAAACUUAAAAAAAUUUUCAUUUUGUUAUAUUAUUAACAUAUUAGCAUAUUUUAAAAUAAAUUCCAGUAAGGAAAAAUUAUUGUCACUCGAAAAUAAUAUUAUUAACAAGUUAGGUAAAAUUCAGACCAAUAGGAGAAAAAAUAUUAACUAUUUAUCAAAAAAGGAAAUUAAAAAAUCGAAAAAUAAAUUAAAGUAUUUUAUUCGCGAUGUGUCUUCAUCUGCUUCAUGCGUUUGCUUAACCAAAAAGGGUGCAAACAAAAUAAGUGGUAAAGUAGGCGGAAAAAUAAUCAGAAAAAUAAAAAAUGAAAUUUCAUAUAACAUUACUAAGGAAGGAGGGAAUAGUGGGAAGCUAGCGGGACGUAUCACUACUGCGCUGUUUUGCAAGAAUGAGAGCAUCCCCCCGCAGACAAGAACUAUAUUGAAAAGUAGGGAAGUGAGAAAUUAUCCAAAAGAAGGAUGUAACAAUAGUAUUAGUACUAGCAACAGUACUAGUAGCAGUACUAGUAGCUGUAGCAACGACCUCCACAAGUACAACCACAGCAGUAGGUAUCUUAUUGACCUAGUGGAGCAUGGUGAUCUUUCAUUUUUCUAUGGAACAAGCUGUAGCAGAAACUACUACUCGUACGAAUGUAUCAUGAAAUUUAUUGAAGAUAAUAAAGAUAGCUUCAAGAGGAUGAACACGAAUGGCAGUAACUCCAUUGAGGGUAGUAACAAUAAUGAAAGUAACAUCCCAGGUGAGGGUAGGUCAGCCGUCAAUAGUAACAAAAACGUGGAAACAGUGUGCAGCGAUAACUACAUCGAAGUUAGAGGAAGAGUAGAAAGAAAAGUUAAACAGUCUAAGCGCAUUUUCUUGUACGUAAGAUUAGACGGUGGGUUUUAUAUUACUUGUGUAUAUGAAAAAAGAAGAGGAAAUGGAACUGAACUACGAGAAGAAAUGUACACAUAUAUUAAAAAUUUAAAAAAAGAAAGUGUAAUAGAUGUUCGUGGGAAAGUAAAGAUACAUGGAGAUUUACACAGAUGUAAUGGUCCUUAUGUAGAAAGUUUUUAUAAUCAAAAAUGUGUAGAAAUUGUUAUUGAUACUAUUUUUUGUUUAUCAGAAUCCUUUUUCGACAUUCCAGUCAUGAUAAAUGAUUUCACACUAUUUAAUCAAAACGGAGUGUACAAUCAUAACGUAGCAAAUGAUGAAAUGGUUAUAGCAAGUGAAGAUACAAAGGAAGAAAGCACAGCAGUGAGCAAUGUUAGCGGAUUAGAAGGGAACAUAAAUACAUAUUACAGUAACACGCUAGGGGGAAGAAGCGGGGUAUCGCAGAUAGAAAGGAAAAAGGAUGAGCUAGAGAAGGAGGGAAAUCCUUUUUUAAAUGUUAACAGUGCGAAAGGGAAUAGUAAUAAUAAUUGCAGUAACAGAGGUAAUAAUGGAAAUGAUAACAGCAAUGAUAAUAGCAAUGAUAACAGCAAUGAUAAUAGCAAUAAUAAGAGCAAUGAUAACAGCAAUGAUAACAGCAAUGAUAAUAGCAGUAAUGAUAGUAGUGGCUACACUGCUGCCGAUAUGACGGAGGUAAAUCUAGCGCAUUCAACCAUAAAUAAUUAUGACGGUAGCAAAGUAAACACGAAUGAAAACAUACUAAGACUCCAAAAUUUCGUUUUAAACUAUAGAAAUAUUAUUCUUCACAUGAUUUUUAACAUCAAAAGUAGACUCUCUCAGAAGGCAAGGGAGUUCUUACACAACGACGGGUAUAUGGAAGUACACACAUCAAAGUUUAUAAAAAUUAAUAAAAAAAAAAAAAAAAAAAAAAUUUACCAUAUGGAAAAGGAUUUAAUGAAUCAUGAGAACAAAAUAUUGUCAUAUGAGCCCUUCAGGAGUGGUAAAGAAGUGGGGAAGCACAUAGAGGAGGAAGAGGAGGAAGAAGAAGAGGAGGAGGAAAAAGGUACGCAUAUGCCGCAUAGGCAAGAUGAUGCAGAGGAUGUCCAGCUAAGCUCCACAGAACAAUCAAGUAACGUGGAGUUAAACGGCACGGAACAUGGAUGUAAGUGUUACAAAAUAGAUGGAGAAAAUUUACUUCUAGCGCAAAGUCCACAGUUUUACAAAGAAAUGAUAAUAAAUGCAGAUUUCGAGAAAAUAUUUGAGAUGAAUUACUGUUAUAGAAAUGAAAAAUUUCAUAGCUCUAGGCAUUUAAAUGAAUAUACUUCUUUAGAUUUAGAGCAAGUGAUCUAUGAUAAUUAUUAUGAACUCAUAAUUUAUAUGUACAACAUACUAAUGCGAUUAAAUAAAUAUAUAAAUGAGUCGUUUCUUGAGGAGCUGCACUUAAUUAAUUCAGCAAAUAAUAACAAACAAAAAUUUUCCCAUUUUGAAAAAAGUAUAUUUGCACCAAACCCUGUCGUUUUAUCUUUUUGUGAGGCCCAUGAUAUACUAACAAAAUAUUACAGGAACAUUCAAAAUGAUAAAGACAAAUCUUCAAACUAUGUAUAUAACACUAUGUUGGAAAGGUAUGUACGAGUUCUGAAUGAAGAGGAAAAAAACGAGUUAAAAGGGAAGAUUACAUUUGAUGCUUGUGAGAAAUAUAAAAUACACAAUGUUUACUAUUAUAACAAAAUUGUUAAGCGGUACAAUGUAAUAAAUGACAAGAGUGAGCACGUUGUUAAUGCGAGCAGUAAUGGAGCGGGGUGCAGUUCCCAUGUGUACACCUUUUUGAAUAGAUUAAAUAAGGACGAGUUGUACAGAAAUGUGUUGCUAUUUUUUAAUAACAUGUACGAGCAAGGUUUUUCCGAAAGGGAAAGAAGUACCACGACUUGUGGAAGUAACCGUACUAUCAAAUGCAAUAGUGCCAGUGAUUUUGUGAGCGAGACAGGAAAAAAGGAAGAGGAAUCAGAAGCGGUUGUGUGUGAGUACUCCUUUAUAGACUUGUUGAGUAACACUCUUGAAUAUAGCAGUAAUAAUAGCAGUAGUAAUAAUAGCAGUAGUAAUAAUAGCAGUAGUAAUAAUAGCAGUAGUAAUAAUAGCAGUAGUAAUAUUAACAAUAGUAAUAAUAGCAAUAGUAAUAAUAGCAAUAGUAAUAAUAGCAGUUGUAAUAAAAAAAAAAAAAAAAUCCAAGUAACAGAAACGUUAAGAAAUAAAAACCUAAAAGAGAAAUACGUCUUUUACAACGAUUUUACAAAUGAAGAAUUAAAUGAUUUAUAUUUAUUUGUCAAGUAUAAUUUCGGUACAGAUAUAUUUGUAAUAGAUCAAUACCCUAUAUAUAUAAGACCAUAUUAUACAUCAAGUAACAUGUACGAUCUUCGAUUUACAAACAGUUUUGAUUUUAUAUACAAAGGCAUAGAAAUUGUAUCUGGGUCACAACGUAUUAAUAACCUACCACUUUUGCUUUUUAAAGUGUUAAGUGGGAAUAAAAUAAGAAUGGAUUUGUCUUCCUACUUAAACAAGAGCAACUUUACUGUUUUCAAUUAUUUAAAUCAUUUUAAAAAUUUAAUAAAUAAACACUCAAGUUUGUAUAAAUACCUCAACUCCUUUCAGUAUGCCUCUAAUCCCCACGCAGGAUUAGCUUUAGGAUUUGAAAGGUACCUGAUGUGUGCCUUGAACUUGAAAAAUAUUAAAAAUGCUGUUUUUCAUGAAUAA